GGCCCUGAGGCAGCCGAACCCCACCUCCCCCCGCCGCCGCCGCUUCCCCCGAGCCCGCGCCGCAGGGCUUCCUGCUCCCGGCGCAGCGGCGCCCGAGCGCGGGGUCUAAGGCCCGGCGUCCGCGGUCUCGCUGCUGAUCGCCUUCAUCUGCGUGAGGAGCUCUGUGUGGACCAGCUACAGUGCCUACAGCUACUUUGAAGUGGUCACCGUCUGCAACUUGAUAAUGAUCCUCGCCUUCUACCUGGUCCACCUCUUCCGUCUCUACCGCGCGCUCACCUGCAUCAGCUGGCCCCUGUCGGAACUCCUGCACUAUUUAAUCGGUACCCUGCUCCUCCUCAUCGCGUCCAUCGUGGCGGCCUCCAGAAGUUACAGCCAUAGCGGACUGGUGGCUGGAGCGAUCUUCGGGUUCCUGGCCACCUUCCUCUGUCUGGCGAGCGUGUGGCUGUCCUACAAGAUCUCCUGUGUGACCCAGUCCACCGAUGCUGCUGUCUGAGGACCCCACAGCCUCCCAGCGCUGCAGGAGGCCCCGCCAACAGGAGGGGCAGUAGAGACCCCGGUCACACUGUCCCUGCGCCCGAGUCCAGCCCAGGGUGGUGGGCGCAGGAGGGGCCCAUCCUCCAGCUCCUAAGCUGGUCCAGCCGCUCUCUCCAGCCCUCCUCAGGUCCUCGGAGACGACUCCUCCCCAUCUGGGAAAGAAGAGCAGCCUCCAGGGAAAUCAGGGUUCUCCCUCCUGCUUUCAGACCGGCCUCAGGGACUCGUGACCACUUAAAAUGGAGUGUUUUCCGAAUCCUCCCACGUCGACUUUCCCAGCCCUCAAGGGGAGGGAAGCUGCCUUAAGUCUCUAAAAACACAGCCAUCUCCUAAUGUAGCUAGCUCGGACAUCUGGUCUUGACUGAUACCCUCUCUUUCAAAGUGAGGCCCUAGGAAGCAGCCUGUCCCCAACAGGAGAUCACACGAAUCCUUCCUGUUACCAUUAUGUAUGUGUAGCUGUGUUUUUUAAUAAAAUGUUGACUUGGCGAAUUGCA